GCUUAUUGAAAAUUUCUCCUGAUAUCAAAGAAAUGAAUUCAAUACGAACUGGACUUUAUAUAAAACCAAAAUACAAUUCGUGGUUUCCAAAGUAUCGAAAAAUCGACGGAUAUUUCUACGUAAGCGUAUGAUAGCUAGGGACAUGGAGGAGGUCAUGCUCGACAGGGGUGAUGGAACAAGUGUCUGUGUACAAGAUGGCGGCGCCCGGGGCCUUAACUGUCGUGAAAAUCGCCAGGAAGUAGCCUGUAAACGGAAGCCGCGCGGUGUCGCAGCGAGCCGCGGAUCCCCGCUCCGAAGGAUGUGAUCCGAGGAAGAAGAAGAAGAAGGCCGAGCCUGGGCCAGAAGAGCCUUUUUCAACACUGCCACGAGGAAAUCCGGAUUAUCCAACUUCCUCGGGCCAGUAUCGUGAUCGUCUUCGUGGCCACGCCGACGAUGGAGUCCAGGGAACGCUACCAGGAGCUCUGCAGACUAUGCGCAUCCUACGACGCCGUCAAGAUGGACAUCUUCGGUCAAGAGGGCAAGAACAGACAGCUCGUUGACAAGAUACAAGCUUGUCUGCCGUUUAAGAUUGCAGAAAAUGAUCGACUACCGAAAUGCCUGUGUUAUCGGUGUAUGUACAAUUUGGAAAAUUUCUAUGAUUUUAGAACAGCAUGUGUUAAUGCAGUGGCUCUCUUGGAAAGGUGUUUAUCACCUUCAGAAUCGAAUGGAGAUGUUACAACCAUCUUGACGUGCUGUAAUGAUUCAGAGUUUUUCGAAGGACGGAAAAGUAUACCAGUGUUAAUUCCAGAAGCUCCUAUCGUAAAUCCAAAUGCUGCUUUAGGCACACCACCCAGAUUGAAUUCUGAUGGAGAGGCUGAUCAUGAGGCAGAAGAAAUUGAUAACAGUGGAACAGACGAAGCAACAGUCAUGGACGACUCUGAAGAUCGUCAUUCAGAGGAGUAUGAAAUGGAUAUGGAGACAAAUCCAAGUGAUUUUUUGGAAAUGACCUCGAUAGUUGCAGAAGAACCUGAAGAAUCAGGAUUAAAACAUCAGGAUGUUUCCAGUAACUUAUCAGAGCAUACAUCUCAACAACAUGAAGUUUAUGUUUGUUCCUUGUGCAGCAAAGCAUUUAGUUCAAAGGGUCAUUUGUCCUUGCACGCACGCAUUCACGUUGGUGCCGGUGACGUGAUUGGUGAAAAAGUUCUUACGGAUGAUCAUACAUCGUAUAAAAGGCCCUAUCAGUGUGAUCUCUGUCAUAAAUCAUAUUCCACUGCAAAACAUCGUUGGGGUCAUGUAUCUACAACUCAUAGAGGCCAUCCGGCAGUGACAUGCGGUUAUUGUUCCCGUAUCUACUCAACCCGAACAAAUUUGGAAGAACAUAUAAAAUCACGUCAUGCUGGUCUUCCAGCACCUACGGAGGUUCCACUGAACAAUGCCUAUCGGCCAGAAAAUAGAUGUCAAUGCAAUGCUUGCGGGAAGAUUUGCACGGAUGCUAUGGAAUUGAAUCUUCAUGGUAGGAUUUGUACCGAAGGGCAGAGAUUAGAUCUUUCAGGAAAAAACGAGAUUAGUGAUAAUAAAGUUGUGGAUAGUUCAGAAGCUUCAAGUAUUGGAAGUGAUGACGAUGGCAAAGAUUAUAGAAGUGCGGAAGCUAAAUUAGCGAAAAAUCCUCAAUUAACAAUUUUAAAACAAGCAUUGACAAAAGGAGAUAGUCUUAAGCGAGAUUUUGAAGACAAAUUUACUACAAAUUGCAAACCAAAAAAAUUACCGAAAACAGAGCAUACUGACUUUCAACGUACUAAGAAAUGGUAUUGUGAAUCGUGUCCUCAAUGUUUUACUUCAGUUAAUGAUUUAAAAGAACACGAAGCAACUCACGAUGCGGAUAAACCAUUUAUUUGUAUUUUGUGUAAAAAAGACUUUUUCCUUAAAUCUUCUUUAAGCAGGCAUAUUCAAACGUUACAUGGUGUUGAUCCAUGUCGUAUGGUGGAAAGUGAUAAAUGUCUAAAGAAAAUUGUUUCACAUAAUUGGAAUGAAUCUAUGGAUCUCGAUUCGUAUGAGGGUAAAACCUCUUCUGAAUUUCCAUUGUCUCCAGAUACAAAUGCAGAAAAUGAAGACGACCAUGAGAGUGGACAAGAAAAUCUCAUUGAAAUUGAAACUGUGUUUGUUUGUGAAAUUUGUACUCGUGAUUUUAAUGACCGUGCGUCUCUUUGGCUUCAUAUUCGUGCUACUCACAAAGAAUUUGCAGCAUUUGCAUGUGGUGUUUGUUUAAAAAUUUGUGCAGACAACACACAACUUUUGAACCAUGUAAAUAUGUACCACGGCGGCUCGAAAUUACUACUUUCUGAACAAAGAAGAUACAGUUGUACUAUUUGUGGUAGGCAACAUGAUUCCAGAAAAAAAUUAAUUGCUCAUGUAUCCAUACAUAAUGUGGAUCCAAAUUAUGAUCCUGCUACUUUUGUUCAAUUAAAUAGUAAUUAUUAUGGAGAGAACAUUAAUGGUAACGAAACUGCGGAACAAAUGCUUGACUACGAAGAGGAUAGCGAUAAAGUGGACUGUUAUAUUUGCUAUAAAUCGUUUCCUAAUGAAGAUCAUUUAAUACGACAUCAAAGAAAUGCGCACAGAUCGGAACAACUAGUGCCAGCAGGAGAUCCUUUAAAUCCUUCGAGUUUAAAUGGUGGUGGUAAUAGAGCUCAAUAUCAUCUCUUUUUCGUUUGUGAACUUUGUGGGAGUUCACAUCCCAGUAAAUGGGAACGUUGGCUACAUGUUAGUUCGUCUCAUAGCAAUGAAUCAGCCAUAAAAUGUGAUCGUGAAGAUUGCGGUAAAAUUUUUGCUACAAAAUCUCUUAGAAAUGAACAUAUUCAGCAUCACGCAAUCCAAGGUUCAUCCCCAAAUACUUGUGAAAUUUGUGGUAAACUUUGGGGUAGUAGAGUUGAUUAUUGGAAGCAUGUUAUGGGCGUUCAUUCGGAUACCGUUCCAUUAAUUUGUGGUGUCUGUUUAAAAGUGUUUCCAAACGUUUUGCAACUGAGUACUCAUGUAAGAUCGAAACAUUGGCCGUUGACGAAUGGUGACUUUAGCUGUGACAUUUGUGGUAGACCAUAUUCGAAUAAAUCCAAAAUGUCCAGACAUAGAAAAAUUCAUGGUUUUGAGGAAAGCUGUGAAAAUGGGGCUGAAAAUAGCGAGAAUAAAGUAGAGGGGCGAAUGAGGGAAACAGAAUUAAGUUGCGAGCUUUGUGCAGAUUUGAAGUUUACUAGUUUAGAAAAAUUAUGUAAUCAUAGACGAAUCGUUCAUGGACUUUUCCCUUGCGAUCUCUGUAAUAAAUGCUAUGGAAGAACUUCACAUUUAUGGAAACAUGUAAACAGAGUUCACAAAGGUCAUGAAGAUGUAACUUGCCCUUAUUGUAUGAAAACUAGUGCUUCAAAAGAUCAUUUAGCAGCACACAUUUCAAAAAUUCAUAGAUACGAACCUGAUUCUAGAAAGGAUGGGAAAGAUAAUAGACAAUUUAAAACCGAAGAAGUUAGUUUACAUUAUUGCGAAAAAUGUAAUAAAGGAUUUCACAAGCGGUAUCUAUUGCGCAGACAUAUGAAAGGAUGUCAGAAUUACAGGAAAGACCCUGGAGCAUUAUUAACGAGAUGCAGAGCUUGUGAAAGAAUAUUUAAAGAUCGUGCCAGUUUACAAAAGCAUAUCGAGAAUCAUCAUAGCACAUACACGUGUCAUCUUUGUAAUGAAACAAUUACCUCAAAAUUAGGGAUUAUGACGCAUAACAGGGUGAAGCAUAUGGAUCAUCCAGAUUUAACCUGCAAUUUUGGAUCUUGUAGGAAAUUAUUCAGAACUAAAGAAGAUUUAGAAACCCAUAGAAAAGAUCACAGAUAUCAUACCACUCCUAACGUUUGUGAUUUCUGCGGUGAUACUGUUGAAAAUAAACUGAAGUUAAAAAUGCACGUUUUAUCUCUUCAUCGCAAUGAAAUUGGUGUAUCUUGUGGAGUGUGUUUAAUACCAAUGAAAGAUCCAAAAGAACUUAAAAGUCACGUAGAAGAAGUUCAUUCCAGUGUUCUUUCAAGACCCAAUACGUGUCAAGUUUGUGGGAAACAAUAUGCUUCAAAAUGGAAAGCGUUUGAUCAUACUAAAAAAUGCCAUGGAAAAGUAUUUAGGACUUGUAAACAAUGUCUGGCUGUUUUCACUGAAGAUUCUGCAAUUAGAGAUCAUUAUGAAACAAUACAUAAUAUUCCCAAAGAUCAACUUGCAGCAUUUGAACAUAGAUUAGAUAUUGGGCCGAAAAACGAAUAUUUUGGAAUAGAGUCUCCUGAUAUAAUAGUGAAAGAAGAACCAGAGGAUUUAGAAUUCGAGGUAGAUAUGUGCGAUGAAGAUUCUAGCGACUCAAAAAGGAGAAGGUCCUUAACGGAUACCUACGAUUGUGAAAUGUGUCCAGAAAUGUUUGUAAACAGCGAUGCACUUUCAAAACAUUAUCGUAACAUGCACAAUACUGAUCCAGAAAGAAUGUUUAAAAGAUUAAAACAGGAUGAACAGAGAAGAAUGCGUGGUAAACUGAAUUUCUCUUGCAAGAAUUGUAGGCGACAAUUUUGCACUAAAACAUUGUAUUGGAACCAUAUUGCAACUUGCAGACGAAAUAUACGAAAAGGAGAGGAAAAUUUAUCUUUACGAAAUGACAUGUUAAGUAGCCAAGAAGAAUUUUUGAAGAAUAAUAAUCAAAUUAAGAAAGAAGAACCUACAUCAGAUUUAAAUAUUCCUGAUUUCAAUCUCUUUGAAGAUAUAAAUCUUCAACUCUCUGGUCAGAGACCUCUCCCGAAUCUUAUGCCACUCACUCAGAGGGCGAAAUCUUCAAUGAAAUGUUCAAGAAAGGAUUCCAGGAAAGUUUAUGAUGAAUCAACAAAUACAGAAUGUGCCUGUGAAGUGUGUGGAAAACAAUGGCCAGCAAAGAAACAUUUAUGGCAACAUUUAAUUCGUUUCCAUCGAGCGGAAGCAGCAGUCACUUGUGGAGUAUGUUUGAAACUUUGUAAAGAUUAUGAUGAUUUGGCAGAACAUUUGAAAGCUGCACACGAAGCGAUAUUAUCAACUGAAGGAAAUAAUUUUACAUGUAAAGUUUGUGGCAGGUAUCACAAUGCUCGUAGUAAAUUGUUAUUACACACAAGUAUUCACAUCGGCCAUCCAGGUACUAGUACUUGGUGUCCAAAAUGUCGAAAAAAUAUUACCGAUGAAGCUGCACAUUCGACUACGUGUAAUACGAAGACGGAAGAGGGAGAACAAAUGAAAAAUAAUGAAAAAACAGAGGGAAGUCUAAUAGCUGAUGAUGCGAUAAUUGAAGAAGUGGAAGAAGGGGAUUUCGAAUAUGAAGCAGAAGAAGAAGCAGAUACAGAAGAAUCGGAUAGUGGUAGUAGUACCGAAGCCGAAGAGGAACAUGAAUCAGAGGAUGAAUCUAGAGCUACUGAAGAAAUUACUUACAAUUCAGAGAGCGAGGAUUCAGAAGAACUAGAUAAUUUAGAAAUCGAUGAAAAGAACAUGGAGCAUUAUCCUUUAAAACAUCCUCCAGAUUCCAAAAAUGCAGAAACAAAGAAACACGAUGCAAAUUUAUCGGAUGAUGAUGGACCUCCUGUUCUCAGUCCCAUGAUGCCUCUGCUUCCUGAGAAUAUGUCUGUAGAACAGCCGAUAAGUCAUAAACUAGGCCCUAUAGUGCCUCUAACUGAGAAAGACGUGUGCGAUUUAUCAGAGAUUCGAAAUCGAUCCUCCCCGAAACCUAUGAAUCUAUAUGAAAAACAUUUACCUAACAAUGAAUCUUUAGAGUUAGAAUCUGAAACAUUUGCAGAUCGAAGCGAUGAAGAUUUUGAGGAUACGAAGAACGAAUCUGAUGAAAACUCCACUGAAGAAAAUGAGGAAGAGAAUGAGGAUAACGAGGAGAUUGAGGAGAACGAUGAAAUAGAAUUAAACGAAGAUCUAGAAGAACCUGGAGAUAACGAGGAAAUCGAGAAAAAUGGGGACAGUGAACAGAUUGAAGAUAACGAAGAGAAUGAAGAAAACGGAGAUAUUGAAGAAAUGGAAGAGAAUGAAAGAAACGAAGGGAUUGAUGAGUCAGAAGAACACGAAGGAAAUGAAGAAAUUGAAGAGACAGACGAAGAAAAUGAGGAGAGAGAGGAAAACAUGCAGUUGGAUGAUCUGGAAGGUGCUGUCCUAAUGGUGACUGAUGGGAAUCAAAUAUUGAUUCAGCAAGGAAUAAUAGAAGACGAGAAUGAGAAUUCAAAUCAAGAAUAUGUUUAUUCCGCGCUUAGGUACAGUACAGAAGAGGACAGCGACGAUGCAAGGAAAUGAGUGCCAAAUUGAGAUUAAAUAGCUGGAAGAAAUUUACGGCGUGACAGAGUUGUUGAAUGUUGUUCGAAGAAUGAAGAAUACGUGGAAAUGAAUUCGAUGAAAAUUAAAUAUGCUAAAAUUGAAUUGGACAAAAUCUAAAAUCUAGUUUUCAAAUAGUUAGCGCUAAAUAAUCUAUAUGAAAUAGAUUGUUUGCAAAGUGGAAUGUUCCAUUUCUGAUGGUAAGUGGAAAUGACGUGAAAUAUUAAAUGUUUGACCUUUUUUCGAAUUAUUUGAAGUGCCACAAAUUUCCUAUGCUUAAAUGUUAACGACUUGUACUAUAAUUAAAAAUUAGUAAUUAUUAAUUGGUAAUUAAAAAUAAAAAUAUUAGAAACUUAAGAAAAUAUUUUACAGGUGAAUAUUUUUUGCAUAUGCAUUGUUAAUAUAAAAAUUAUGUAUUCCGUUGAUAGGACUUUUCUUAUUCUUUGAUUUUAGUUAAUAUCGUCGACGAAACAUGUCCACGUAUUCCUAAAAAUUGUCAAAGAUAAUCGCAAUUUGUAUUACUUUACUCUGUAUAAAAGAUACAAAUGAAUUAUUAUGUGACGUGUACCUUGGAAUUCAUAUUGAUGACGCGAUAAUUUGUAAAUAUAUUAGAUUAAGUGAUACAAAUAGCUUUCGCAAACUGUAUGAUAAGGGACUGUUCUUUCGUUGUGUCAAGCAAAUGUAAAGAAAGGUAAGAUUAAAACAAAAAGAGUGAGCUUAAUCCCUUACGUAACGCUAUGAAUUUAAAGUUUAUGCAAUGAAUAUAAAGAAUUUCAAGCGUAUCGAAAGUGACUAUAUAAGCUAAUACUUCUAUAAUAAAUGAACAGUCCCUGAUCUCUCCUAGACAACGUUUUCGUCGUAUUUAAGUUUCGAACUUACAGACGCAAUAAAUCGGAGACUCAACUUUGAUUUAAUAUUAGGUAAUUCGAUCGGUAUCGAUAUUUCGCACACAACACGUUCAAAAUUUUUCCUUAUUUAAUAAAUCUUCAAAUAAAAAAAAAA